CGUUCAGUCUGGUUUGCUGGGCGCGCUGUUAGUGCUUCUAGUACAACAGUAAUUCGCGAGUCGAAAGAUUUGGUGGCGUUGAAUAACUGCCUCUACACCACCUUGGACUUCGCACAGGAAUUUAAAAUGGAUGAUGAAAUGCAAUUAAUAUUUAAUAUUUAUGCUACUUUAUUGGAGAAUACAACACACCGUAGAAUAUAAAAGCAGAAGCAGUUACUUUAUAAUGUAGGACCAAAGCUUACAGUUAUUUGUCAAUGAGUCCCCCUUGACUGAAUAUCCUGCUAUUAGUCAAUAUACCAUACCUGCAGUUUAUUUGGUGCUCUGAAUGGCUGUUGGAAAGGGAUGUACAGUCUGAUGGCCAAUUGCUGCAGCUGGCUGAAGCGGUGGCGAGAACCUGUCAGGAAGGUGACAUUGAUCAUGGUGGGUCUUGAUAAUGCUGGGAAAACUGCAACAGUAAAAGGAAUCCAAGGAGAAUCACCUGAAGAUGUGGCUCCAACAGUUGGCUUUUCUAAAAUUGAUCUUAAACAACGAUGGUUUGAAGUAACAAUUUUUGACUUAGGGGGUGGAAAACGUAUCCGGGGCAUUUGGAAAAAUUACUACGCUGAAUCCUAUGGAGUAAUAUUUGUUGUGGAUUCAAGUGAUGUGGAAAGAAUGGAAGAGACAAAAGAAACCAUCUCAGAAGUUCUAAGACAUCCCAAGAUAUCAGGGAAACCUGUAUUGGUAUUAGCAAAUAAACAAGACAAAGAAGGUGCCUUGGCAGAAGCAGAUGUUAUUGAAUAUUUAUCUCUUGAAAAGCUUGUCAAUGAGCACAAAUGCUUCUGUCAGAUUGAGCCUUGUUCUGCUAUUGUGGGCUAUGGAAGAAAAAUUGACAAAUCGAUAAAGAAAGGUUUACUUUGGCUAUUACACACUAUAGCAAAAGAUUUUGAUGCCUUACAUGAAAGAAUUCAGAAAGACAUCACAGAACAAAAAGCAAUUGAAGAACAAGAGAAAAGAGAACGAGCAGAAAGAGUGAGGAAGAUAAGGAAAGAAAGAGAACAGAAAGAGAGAGAAGAAAAUGAACGGGAAGGAAAGAGCACUUUGGAUGAAGAAGACUCUGAGCUUGUAACUGGAAACCCAUUUCAGCCCAUAUCAGCUGUAAUCAAUCAGAAUGAAAAGAAAAUUGAAAAAGAGAAGAAGAGGCAAAGGGAAGAGAAUGAAAAGAUUGCUAUUGCCUUGAAACCUAAAACAAAUCAGGAGAUAAUAGAUGUUCAGAGUCUGAACAGUGAGCAAUCCAACGAACAGAGACUGAUAGAAAACUAUAAAUCUGCACUAACACAGCAAAUGGAACACGAAGAUGAGAAUGAUCAGCACAUCUCAGAAAGUCUUGACUCUGGUGAUAAUGCCACUUUGAAUCCAGGAACAGAAAACAGUAAAAAGAAAGCAAAGAAACUAAAAUUAAAAAGAAACCAUCGAGUUGAACCGGUCAAUACAGAAGAAAUUGUUUCCCCCCUUCCUACUCCAAUAGCAACACAUACACCAGUUGGAUGGGAAACACCAAAAGUUAACAGAAUUCGAAAACUUGAGCCCCUUGGUGAAACUCAUCAUAAUGAUUUCUACGGAAAGCCAUUGCCACCACUUGCUAUGCAUCAAAGACCUAACAGCGAUAUGCAUGGUGUCAUUUCUUAACUAGUCAUCAUUUUGCAGCUUUCAAGAGGAAUCUAAAAUAACAUUACAUUAGACAUUGCUUUCUUUUUUGAAGAGAUACCUGCUAAUUCCUAUAAGUUGCUGGGCAAGGCACCAAGAUUACAUUGGGAUUCCUGGUAAGGAUGUUACUUCUAAAGGUUAACAAAUCUGCUUCCUCAAUUUACCAGCUGCUCUUCAAAGUUGACAUGGAACAAGAAAACUCACAAGCAGAAUUCUUGCAAAAGAAAUGACAAUCAAACUCAACUUGGUUAUGCAUAUACAUGCUUUCAGUUUGGCUAAAUAUUUUUCUAUAUUCAACUCUUCAAGAGUUUUUUUAAAAGUGCACACAUGUUCAAGGGGGAAGAUGUGAAUUAUACAUUUAAACAUUUUGAUAUAUUUUUAUAGUAUUUUGUUUGUUUUUAAGAAAUUAUUUGGUCAACAGAACUAUUUUGACAUACUAAAAUGCCUACCUAUAUUCAUAAGUAUCUACUACAUUUUUUUGGGAAAAGCAAUAUAUUUGUGUGUGAUUUAAAUCACAGUUUGCCUAAUUGUUAAUUAUGUUGUUUUAUCUUGUUCUUGGAAAGAACUAUGUGUUGGAAGGAAACUAUAUUCAUGUUUUCCUUGAUGGGAAACAGCACUUCUGGCGUUCAUUGUGACCAUUACUUUUAUGUUCUUGGAGCUAGAGAGAAAGGGAACUUUUUGACUUUCCAAAGGAUAUAAAUAAAUAUCCUUCAAUUACUGUAUAGAGUUUGAUAUUCAUGGCCACUGCUCUUGCAGUACUUACUUUAUUUUGGGAAGAUGUGAACAUAUGAAUUGGAGAACUAGGGCUGUGGGUCGCUUUAAAGUAAGCAGAAGUAGAAUUGAAUUACAUCUCCUUAUACCAAAUGUAACAAAUGUAUCUUCUCCCAGGCUUAUGUGGCAAGCUUAGCUGUUUUAAAGAGUAGUAGGCAGAUACAAAGUUCAUAUUCCUGCACAAUUCAAGCCAAGUUUUUGGCUUUGAAUUCAAAUUACUCCAUAAUCUUUAUUUCAUUCAUGCAAACAUAUUUCCCUAUUAGGUUGCGGUUCCAUAUAUGCUGAAAUAAAUGAAAAUGUUUAUAUAAAAAA